UCCUCAUUAAAAUAACAACAUCUCGAGAAAGAGGUUCAGAGAGAGAGAGGGAGAGAAGGAAGGAAGGAGAGAGGAGCUGAGAGAGUGGUCUCAUUACCAUUACCAGCUCCGUACGAAACCGAAUACGACGUCGUCCCUUCAACCUUUUCUCUGUAAUCUCUCCUCCUCCCACGCGUUUCUCGGAUUACCUAAUUAAGAGAGGAGAUCUUGUCUCACUGUGGGAUUGAUUUUUCUCUUCACGAAGUUCGUGCUCCAGGCAUUAACUGCAGAAAAUGGUGAUGUGGGUAUUUGGAUAUGGCUCUCUUGUGUGGAACCCAGGAUUUCACUACGAUGAGAAAGUGUUAGGUUUCAUCAAGGGAUAUAAACGUGUCUUUGAUCUUGCUUGCAUUGAUCAUAGAGGUACACCAGAACACCCUGCAAGAACGUGCACCCUCGAGAAAGCUGAAGAAGCCAUAUGCUGGGGUGCUGCAUUCUGUGUCCGCGGAGGCCCAGAAAAAGAACGUCUGGCUAUGGAGUACUUGGAACGUAGAGAGUGUGAGUAUGAUCUCAAGACAUGUGUAGACUUUUACAAGGAAGAUGAUCCCCUGAAGCCAACUGUAACAGGUGUGAUAGUAUUCACUUCUACUCCAGACAAGGUCUCCAACAAGUAUUACCUUGGACCUGCGCCAUUAGAAGACAUGGCAAGACAAAUAGCGACAGCCAAUGGACCAUGUGGUAACAACAGAGAUUAUCUCUUCCUGCUAGAGAAGGCAAUGCACGACAUUGGGCAUGAGGAGGAUUAUGUUAUAGAGCUGGCAAACGAGGUGAGGAAGGUUCUUGCAGAGUCUUCAACAAAGAAGGUGUCUCCGGUGAAGGAAUCAAGAGUGAGCCGUGUAGCUAACAAGUCGAAGAGCAAUGUCCCUACGGCUCAUCAGAUACUUCCUCUUCAUCCAGAAGCUGUUGCCACUACAACAUAGCUCUUGCAGAUUACUUCUUAAUUAAUUGGCCAUAGAGACGAGUGACAAAUCAGGUCGUUUUGUUUUUGAAGUUUGUUUUCCGAGUAGAGGAGGUGUUGUAAUCUUUUGUUUGUGUGGAACUUUGUUGUCUUGUGUGUCCUAACGAGUGCCUAGUUAUGCACUUAUUGAAGGAAAUAAAUGACAUUUACUAGCUUA